AUGGCAGCGCUAAAGGAUCUGACCUUUGCCCUUGGUGUUGAUCCCAAGCUAAAGGUCUCGGCAACGGACGCGGCUGAAGCGAUUGGCAUGUUGGCACGCAACGGCCUGGAAGUUACUGAGAUUCUCGAUGGGGCGGCACGUUCCACGGUAUUGCUGGCCAACUCAACCGGCGCGGAGUUUGGUACCGCUGCCGACAUUGCCACCGAUGCGAUGGCCAUCUUUGGAAUUCAAGCCAACGAGAUGGCAUCCGCAGUGAAUGGCAUUACCUCCGUUGUCAAUGGCUCCAAGUUUGACAUCAACGACUAUCGGUUGGCGUUGGCUCAGGCCGGUGGUGUGGCUGGGGCCUCCGGUGUCGAGUUUGAUGACUUCAAUACGGUAAUUGCUUCGAUUGCACCGCUCUUCGCGUCGGGUUCGGAUGCGGGGACAUCAUUCAAAACGAUGUUACAGCGCCUGAUUCCACAGAGCGACGGCGCGGCCGUUCUGAUGCGGGAACUGGGCUUGUUCACGGGGCUGACCAACAAGGAGUAUGAAAAGGGCAAGACUCUGAUUGCCAAGUAUCAAAAGCAGUUGGCUGACCUGGAUCCAGAGAGUAAGAAUUAUGCCAAGCGCAGUGAAGAGCUGAAUCAGAAGAUUAGCGUCCUCAGUUCAUCGGUGAAAGUGGGACAGAAUGCCUUCUUUGACAUGCAUGGCAACUUGAAGGAUGCGGCGUCGAUUGCUGGUCUACUUAACCAGGCACUGGGUGAUCUCUCUGAGGAGCAACGGAAUAACGCUCUGUCGACCAUUUUUGGCACCGAUGCCAUGCGCGCCGCAGCGGCAAUGGCUGCGUUUACCGAAGAAGAGUUCCGCAACCUCAAAGCGACGAUGGGCAAUACCGAUGCCGAGCAGUCAGCGGCAAUCCGCAUGGACAACCUUGCCGGUGACAUGGAAGUCUUCAGGGGGGUAGUCGAGACUACGCGUUUACAGAUCGGAGAACAAUUUGAACCUGCCCUGCGCACCGUCUUCCAAACGGCUACGACCCUGCUGAAUGACUUUAACCCUGCCAUUGUGAACUUUGCCGGUAACGUGGCAACGGCGCUUGAUGGUGCCGUUAAGCGCAUUGCUAACGCAAAGACACAGUUUGACUUCCUGGCCAGCAGCGGCAAUGUGGUCGGUGGGAUCCUGGCUGGGCUGGGCACGGCGACAGGGGCGGUGGUAGAUGUGCCGAUUGGUGCAAAGGUCGUCAGCGUUGAUUGGGGCGGGUUGCAGGCUUCCUUUAAUAAUGCAACGAAAGACUUGAGCAUCACUGUUGCUGACUUUGUUACAGGCACCUUCAAUCUCAAUGAUUACACCACGACCAUUCAGAUCGGCGACUUCUUCACCGGUACCUUUUCACCAGCAGAUUUUGGUUUCAGCAUGGCUAUCGGCGAUUUCUUCACCGGUACGGAGGUAGGCACCGAUGGCAAAAUUAAAUUUACGCUAAAUGAGACAGAUUUCACCUUUGACCUGGGAGCGCUCAAGACGCAAAUUGAAAGCCAAUUAGGAUUGAUAGCCGGUGCGAUCACGCUGGGAGUCACCUCCAUCCAGGGCGCUUACAUCGAGGGUGGUGCUCUGGGCGUGUUGACGAAAAUUGCAUCUGAGCUUGCCACUGGCGUGUCUGCGCUGGGUGAGAUUGAAGUCACCUUUGAUCUGAGUGGUGUCAAAGAUACCAUCAUUGCCCAAUUGAAUCUGCUCAAGACUGGAUUGCUGGUAGGAGCUAUCGGUCUCAACUUCAACAGCGUAACCACAAAGGUUAAAGAGUCCAUUGCAGCUAUUCCCGAAAAGGUAAAAACAGCCCUUACCACGGCGGAGGCAUUCGACUUCUCCGGUGUGGCCAGUGAGAUAGCGACCAAGAUCCAAG